UAUUUUAUUUUACCUGUAACUGAUGCUUAGAGAGACUAAUGUUUUUCUUUAAUAUCUGACAGGCCAGAAGAAUGUUUCUGGGAGAAAUGGCAAGUUUGGAAGCCAUCCUGAAAACACAGACAGUAAGAGUGCCUAAACCCAUCAAGGCAGUAGAACUGCCUGGGGAUAAUACUGUGCUGGUGAUGGAACAUUUGGAAAUGAAGCGCUUAAACAGACAUUCAGCACUGCUUGGAGCUCAGCUGGCUGAUCUUCACCUUCAUAACCAGCAACUUAGAGAGAAGAUGAAAAAAAAAGGAAGCACAGUUGGUAAAGGACAAGGGCAAAUGGAAGUCCAGUUUGUGGAUCAGUUUGGCUUUCAUACAGUUACCUGCUGUGGUUAUCUUCCACAGGUGAACAACUGGUGCAGUGACUGGGUGAGUUUCUUUGCCAGACAAAGGAUCCAGCCCCAGAUGGACCUGAUCGAAAGGAGCUUAGGAAACAGGAAAGCAAGGGAACUUUGGGCACAGCUUCAGCUGAAGAUACCCAGUUUUUUCUGUGGUGUAGAAAUCAUUCCUUCUCUCCUGCAUGGGGAUCUCUGGGGAGGAAAUGUAGUUGAGGAUGAUUCUGGUCCCAUUAUCUUUGAUCCAGAUUCUUUCUACGGCCAUUCAGAGUAUGAUCUUGCAAUGACUGGAAUAUUUGGUGGCUUCAGCAGUUCUUUUUAUUCUGCUUAUCACAGUAAAAUCCCCAGAGCUGCAGGGUUUGAGAAACGCCUGAAGCUUUAUCAGCUGUUCCACUGCAUGAACCACUGGAACAAUUUUGGGUCAGGGUACAGAGGAUCUUUUAUAAACAUUAUGAGAAACCUUGUAAAGUAAGUUGCUGCUUAAGCCAAGUACUUUUUGUACUGUUUGGGAAAUCCCAGACUUGCUGGUGGAGCUGAAGGUGUAGUGAUGUUAAAAAAUCCCUGUGAGAUUCUUAAUCUUCUUGGUCAGCUGAAGAACUUAAUGAGUCCUAUUGAGUACCAACUAGGUACUUUUCAGAAUUGUUGGGAAUAGCUUUAUCAUGGAAAUACCUGCAGAAGAGCUUCUUCAAUUGCAUAGUGAAUAAACUUAUCUCAGCAUCCAGAAGGCACUUGAGAUUAUGUGAAGUAAUACAAAUAAAUACUGAGGAGAUGGCUAAAAAGUUUCUUCUUGCG